GGAGAUGAGCGUCUGUCCUAAGUGACGCGUUCACCCAUUCAAUCAAAACCAAGCACCCUGGUAACGCGCGCUUCACGAUGGCGUGCGCGCGACCUCGCUGUUCCCCACAGCUGUGUGCGUGCGCGCGCGCGCGCGUGUGUGACACACACGCAGAGAGAGAGAGAGAGAGAGAGAGAGAGAGAGAGAGCAGCAGUGCAGACGCGCUCCGUCGCGCUCAUGUCUCAAGCCGUUCUCCGUACGUUACUAUGACCAUAUGCGUGCCAAGUUGACUCGCGUCGCCUGCGCGUCGACGACAGCGUUGCGUACCGGAGCGAAACAUGGACGAGUCGUCUUUGCUGGAUCUGCUGGAGUGCUCGGUGUGUCUGGAGCGGCUGGACACCAGCGCCAAAGUGCUGCCCUGUCAGCACACCUUCUGCCGCCGCUGCCUGGAGAACAUCGUGAGCUCCAGACACGAGCUGCGCUGCCCGGAGUGCCGCAUCCUGGUGGACUGCGCGGUCGACGACCUGCCCGCGAACAUCCUGCUGGUGCGGCUCCUGGACGGGAUUAAACAGCGUCCGCGGAACGGAGGAGGCAGAGCGGCGCUGGCGGGGUGCGCGGCCGGGGGAUCGGCGUCUCCCGCGGGGACAGCGGCGCGGGAUCUGCCCGUCGCCACGCGGAGCUCCCCGGUCAAGAGCGUUCCUCAGCUGCCGUGUGGAAAAGCACUUUACAGCUACGAGGGCAAAGAACCGGGCGACCUGAAGUUCAGCAAAGGAGAUAUCAUCAUCCUGCGGCGGAAGGUGGACGAGAACUGGUUUCACGGAGAACUGAACGGCAGCCACGGCUUCCUGCCGGCCAGUUACAUCCAGUGCAUCCGGCCGCUGUCUCAGACGCCGCCGCAGGGGAAAGCUCUCUACGACUUCGAGGUCAAAGACAAAGACCAGGACAAAGACUGCUUGACCUUCACUAAGGACGAGAUUCUCACCGUCAUACGAAGAGUGGACGAUAACUGGGCAGAAGGCAUGCUGGGAGAUAAGAUCGGGAUUUUUCCUAUCCUAUACGUGGAGCUGAAUGAAACGGCGAAGCAGCUGAUGGAGAUGGACAAGCCGUCGGUGAGCGCGGAGGCCGUCAGCUGUAACGGGAACGGAGCGCACCGACACGCCGAGGGAAAGAAGAACGCCAAGAAGAGGCACUCGUUCACGGCGCUCAGCAUGACGCAGCGCUCGGCUCAGGUGCUGGGAAACAACCGGCACUCGAUGGAGAUCAGCGCUCCCGUCCUCAUCAGCUCCUCGGACCCCCGCGCUGCUGCCCGCAUCACUGACUGCCCACACCUGUCCUCCAGCGCACCGGCCACACAGGACUCUUCAAUCACAGCCAAUGCCGCAGCUUCGGUUCCUCCGCGCAUCACGUCCACAACCGGAGAGCUGCUCGCCGCCGCUAAAGUCCAGCUGCCUCUCAACAUAUAUCUGGCCAUGUACGCGUACAAGCCUCAGAAGGCGGACGAGCUGGAGCUGAGGAAGGGAGAGAUGUACCGAGUGAUGGAGAAGUGUCAGGACGGCUGGUUCAAAGGAACGUCGCUGCGCUCCGGAGCGUCCGGAGUGUUCCCAGGAAACUACGUCACGCCCGUCUCCAGGGCUCCGUUCGCUGUGGGUCAGACACGCUCGUGUCUCUCUGGAGCGUCUCAGGUGAAGGCCCCUGGUUCCCCGGGCUCCGCGGGCCCCUCCAGCCCGGUCCUGAUGGCGUCUGCGUCUGCGUCUCGCUCCAGCACGCCUCUCAGCAGCCCGUCGUCUCCGCAGCUGCAUCUGAAGAACUGUCUGCGCAUCUGCAGCCAGCAGACGGUCAGUCAGCCGCGCUCCGCCAUGCAGCUGGUACACAGUCCCCCGGCGAGCAGCAGCAGUCCGUCUCGGUCCCCGGCUCGGCCCCUGUCUCACGCUCGGCCCCUGAGGCCCCUGAGCUCCAUCACGCCGCAUCUGAACGGAGCGGAGCCGCAGACGUCCCACGCAGACGCAGACGUAGACGCAGACACAGGACAGCACAAACCUGAAGACAAGAAGCUGGAGAAGAAAGAGAAGAAGAGCAGCGGCCUCCUCAAGCUUCUCUCGGGAGCCGCGGCUAAGAAGAAGUCUCGCUCUCCUCCGUCCGUGUCUCCCACUCACGAGCCGUGCGGUCAGGGUCGGGCCGGCUCCUGCCCCAUCGAGAGCGAGAUGCAGGGGGCGAUGGGAAUGGAGCCUCUGCACAGGAAGUCCGGAUCUCUGGACCUCAACUUCUCUGUGUCUCCUCCGGCCAGACAGCCCUGCUCCUCGUCGCCGCUCGCCGGACGCCCCGAGCCCAAGCCCCUGUCCAGAGAGAGGUACCGUGUGGUGGUGCCGUACCCUCCUCAGAGCGAAGCGGAGAUCGAGCUGAAGGAGGGAGACAUCGUGUUCGUGCACAAGAAGCGAGAAGACGGCUGGUUCAAGGGCACUCUGCAGCGCACCGGCCGGACCGGCCUGUUCCCCAGCAGCUUCGUGGAGAGCUUCUAGAGACGUGUCCACUGCCAUCGUCCUCACAGACCCGUCAGGAGCUGCUCCUCGAACCGCUUCAUCCUCACCUGGAUGAAGACGACACGACCAGGAUGUGAUUUAUAGCUCCUGAUAAGACGUGACUGUAGGGAGUGACGAAUCUCACAGCAAGCGGCGUAUUUCAAAUACAAAUAUUCCAAUGAAAUAAAUAACAUACUUAAUUCAUAAAGCAGUUAAAGCCUAUAUUAAGAUAUUUUUUGAUUACUCUCAUUAGUGCAAAAAAAGAAAUCGCGAUAUAUUAUUUAAAUGGUCAAAUAUUAAUACGGCGUGUAUUAGUACAGCAGUGCCUCAGUCAAAUACACAAAACAAUUAUGCGUUACGUGACAUACACUAAUGAGUUACGUAUAGUUUUUUAAAUGUAUAUAACGCUCACCGAGGCAACAGUUUUUGCAAACGCAGUAAUAUUAGUGAAAUCGAUUUCUACCUGAUCAUGUGACGCUUUGAUCACAGAAAUAAAUCACGGUUUAUUAGGAUCACUUUACAGCAGCAUUUUAAAAUGACCGUUCUUGCAUACGGUGUUCUUGAUCACAGAACCGCGGCGUCCGUGAGCAGAACAGAUGAAGUACUUUUCAUUGGUUUUGGACUGAAAUAUGGUUGUGUUUCGCUGAGAUUCCCUCACUGCCUGCAGCUUCUAAUGAACGUCUGUUUACAGCGAUGACGGUUCACAGAAAGCACAAACUCUUUUCAUUGAAAUGUUUUUCUAUGCCGGCUGUCUUUCCUAGAGGAUCAUGGGAUGUGCAUGCUGCUCUCCUGACGCUGUGUGUCUCUUGUUUACCGAGUGUCUCCGUGGAGCUUCAGUCUUUGUAUCUGCUGGUGUUCAGCUCCACAGACACUAGUUUUAUGAACUAUUUUCACUUUGAUUCAUGGUUUCUCCACGUGCUCAGUGUGCCGUAGGCCAGAAACAGACUUUACACGAGUACACUGGUGUUACCGAGGACGUUAAAGCACAUAAGACGGCUGUAAAUAGCACAGAAUCGAAGCACAAGUCACUCAGAGUUGCUCUUUUAUAAUCUGAACGAGAAAACUGACCGUACAAGAAGGCUAAAACGUCACUGUUUUAACUUUAUCAUCUAAAAUAUGAUAAUAAUUUCUGUUAAAUUGGGCUUCUCAAAUGAGAAACACAUUCAGGGCAGGGUUUAGUUUGGUCUUUCAGGUCUAUCCUUGUCAUAUAAAAAAAAGAAUUAUGUGCAUAGAUAAAUAAUUUAUAACAAACAUGGCAAUGCCCCAAAAAAGACAAAAAGAAUUGGCAAUUUUGAUUUCAUGGCGACUUUAACUGAAAUAAAGCUUUAAUAAAAUAAAAUAUAAAUAUUAGAAUCGUUGCAUUGACAGUUAACUGAAAUACAGAAGAUUAUAUAUAAAAAAAUUUAACCUAAAGACUGUAAAAGCUCAUUUAAAACAUAAAUAAUAGUGAAAAAUGUAUUGGUGAAAUGAUUAGUAAAUAAAGGUAUAAUUAAUAUCCCUGGUGUAACAGAUAGCUGAAUACAAGCUUUAGUUUCUGUACUUGUGUAGAGUUUGUCUCGGGCUUUAAGAGAGUUUGAGCAUCAUGUGUUAGAAGCGUGUCUGAAAGUCUAUAACAUCAGCUCUACAUUAGAGGAGUUCAGAUUGAGCAGAGCAUCUUUAUUUCUAACGACCAACGAAUGAACGGCACGCCACGCUCAGGACAGAUUCAGAAACCAACCAGCAUCAGCGGCGUCUGAAGCACACGCACACACACACACACACACACACACACACACACACACACACACACACACACACACACACACACACACACACACACACACACACACACACACACACACAAACACACACACA